AUGGACAGAGAGCUACAAGAAGCUGUGGCGAACUUCUGGCUCACCGAAUCCUUCGGCGUAAGACCUCUCAGUCAAACGAUACUAGCUCCCGACGAGAUGAAGGCACUGCGUAUUUUAGAAAAUACCGUUCGCCACACCGGAGAAAGGUAUGAAGUGGGUCUCAUGUUACGUCAUCAGGACCUCCAACUCCCAAACAACAGAGAAGUAGCUGCUCGUCGCUUUCAGGCGUUAGAAAAAAGAUUUCAAAGGGAUCCUCAGUACGACAACAGUUAUUCUCGCGUCAUAGAAGAAUACAUUUCGUUGGGUCACCCAAAAUUAUCCGACACAAUGGAGACAAAUAACCCAAUUUGGUAUCUCCCUCAUCACGGAGUCACCACACCCAACAAACCCGGAAAGGUCCGAGUUGUGUUCAAUCAAUCUGCCCGCCACAAAGGGACGUCCCUUAACGAGCAUCUGUUCAAAGGUCCCGAUCUGCUGACACCGAUGAUAGGAGUGCUGUUCCGUUUCCGUAGGCUUCCCGUCCCUAUUUCCGGCGGCAUCAAGAAGAUGUUCCACCAAAUGCUGGUACCUCCACAACAGUCGCUCCUUCGAUUCCUAUGGAAACCCAUAGGCAGCAGUGGACCUCCGAAGACCUAUCGGAUGAGCGUACACGUCUUUGGCGCCGUGUCUUCUCCAACAAGUUGCAUUUUUGCUCUUAGGAAAACCACAGAAGAUUUUGGACCGAAGUUUCCUACCGUUGACGAUCUGAUAGUCAACACUAUUUAUGUAGACAAUUACUUAGGCUGCACCGAAACCGAACAGGAAGCCAUCACAAGGCGUCGCGAUGUAACGGCUCUCCUAAAUUGGGGAGGCUUCAACAUGGUGCAGUGGCUGUCAUCGUCCCGCUCCGUUGUUGACUCAGUCCACCCAGCAGAUCGAUCAAGAUCUCUGGACCCGAACCCGAGUCACCUGCCUACUGAGCGUACGUUAGGACUACUCUGGGAUUGCGAGGGAGAUUGCUUCUGCUUCAAAUCCGCCGUACGCAUCAAGGCAUCUACAAAACGACAACUGCUUCAAGAUAUAUCUACGGUUUACGACCCCUUAGGAUUUCUCACUCCCAUUGUCAUCACAGCAAAAAUUUUCAUGCAAGACAUUUGGCGAGUGGGAGUCGACUGGGAUGACCCUCUACCAUCCGUCCUGCUGACAGCAUGGUCCCUCUGUGCGCUUCCAGCUCCAUAUCUUCACCGACGCCUCGGAAGAAGUAGUACGAAGGCCUUCGGAGCCUGUAUUUAUGUCAGAGCAGAUUAUGGGACAGACGUUUUCCCCUUACAUCUCGUCUUAGCCAAAGGCAGAGUCGCCCCAUUGCGACAGUUUUCCAUCCCACGACUUGAACUGCAAGGCGCUCUACUCGGUGCUCGUCUGUGUUUCUCAGUCGUAAAGGAACUCGGAAACAUCACUUCAAAGAUCGUGUACUGGUGCGACUCCCAAACGGUCUUGCAAUGGAUUCACUCCACCACUCGAAAAUAUCACGCCUUUGUGGCUCACCGUGUUUCCGAGAUCCUCGAAUCCAGCUCGUCAGAUCAGUGGAGACACGUUCCGGGAGAGCUCAACCCAGCCGACGAAUGCUCCUGUGGAGUAUCUUCGUCUCAUUUCACCACUCAGCACCGGUGGUUCAGAGGUCCAGAUCUUCUUUCACUACCUGAAACAGCAUGGCCUUUCCAAUUCACGAUAUCUGAGCCCCCGUCUGAUGACCCAGAAGUGUCCUCAAACAAAUGGGUUGGCUCUCUCCUAACUCCAACAGUGCAUCCCCUCUAUAAUCUCAUUCAAAACACAUCUAACCUAACCCGUCUCAAACGAAUUGUUGCUUGGUUAGCCCGAUUCGCAACAAGCUACAGUAACACGUCUAAUCACCUUCCUCGGGUUGGCAGCCGUUACCUCACCGCACAGGAGUUGCGCGAUGCUUGGAUCCUGAUCCAAAGAGUUGAUCAAGAACAUCAUUUUUUCAUCGAGCUCUCUCAUCUCCGUCGCCACAAGCCAGUGCCCGUCACCUCCAAGUUUGGUAAGCUCACUCCAUUCAUCGACGUGAGAGGCCUGCUCCGAGUCGGUGGAACGCUACAACAUGCCUCCUUACCCGAAGAAAGCAAACAUCCUGCUAUCUUGUCCAACAGCAGCCAGCUAGCCAAGAUGAUCAUUCUUGAGUUGCACUGUAACCUGGGACACGCUUCUACGGAGCGCACCAUUCAUGCUCUUCGAUCACAAUAUCAUGUCCUAAAAACUCGAGACUCAACUCAUCGACUCAUCAACCGAUGUUUUGCCUGCCAAGUGCGCAAAGGCAAGCCUGAACCCCCUUUGAUGGCCCCCCUUCCAGCUACUCGACUGAAGUCGUAUCUUCCUCCAUUUAACUACACUGGAGUCGAUUUCUUCGGGCCCAUGACGACCAUUCUUUUGCGAAGAUCCAUGAAGCGAUACGGCGUCCUGUUCACCUGUCUCGACUGCAGAGCAGUCCACAUUGAAAUCGCAUCCUCAUUAGAUGUCGAUUCUUUCCUGGUGUCCUUUGCAAGAUUUGUCGAUCGUCGGGGACUACCCAAAGUGUGCUACAGCGGCAACGGCACUAACCUCAUUUCCGGCGAGCAGGAACUUCAAACCCUAUUAUCCCGCUGGGAACCCGAGGUGCUCAUCAAUAAAAUGGCUGCUCGUGACUUUGAGUGGCGUUUUAGCCCUCCGGCCGCUUCACAUUUCGGAAGGACUUGGGAAAAUCUCAUCAAGUCGGCCAAAACCGCUCUUCGCGCAAUUCUACAUGAGCGAACCGUCACGGAAGAAGUCCUAACCACCGCGAUGACAGAGGUCGAAGCCUUGCUCAAUGCUCGCCCACUUACCUACGUAAGUGUCGAGUCCCAAUGA